AUGCCCUCCCUGCCGGACCCGGCGUUCGCUCUCGGCCGUCACAAGUCGGUUACACUCUUGACCGACCGUCUUGAGAAGCCCUCGCUCGACGAUAGAGACUACCGCGUCAUCCGCCUCGACAACGGCCUAGAGGCCCUUCUUGUCCACGAUCCAGAGACGGACAAGGCUAGCGCUGCCCUCGACGUCAAUGUUGGUAGCUUCUCCGACGAACAAGGCAUGCCUGGCAUGGCCCACGCUGUCGAGCAUCUCCUCUUCAUGGGAACCAAAAAGUUUCCCGUCGAAAACGAGUACAGCCAAUACCUCUCCUCCAACAGUGGCAGCUCCAACGCCUACACAGCCGGCACUUCGACAAAUUACUACUUCGACGUCGCUGCCAAGCCAGCCAAUGACGAGGAACCUACCGAGACCAACCCUUCGCCCCUCCACGGCGCUCUGGACCGCUUUGCGCAGUUCUUUAUCGAGCCGCUGUUUCUGUCGAGCACCCUCGACAGGGAGCUGAAAGCCGUCGACUCAGAAAACAAGAAGAAUCUACAGAGCGAUGUCUGGCGUCUCCAACAGCUGGAAAAGUCUCUGUCAAAUCCCAAGCAUCCGUACUGUCACUUCUCAACCGGCAACUUCGAGGUACUCAAGACCAUCCCUGAGUCGCAAGGCAUCAAUGUGCGCGACAAGUUCAUCGAGUUCCACGCAAAACACUACUCUGCGAACCGUAUGAAACUCGUUCUCCUCGGUCGCGAGUCGCUCCAAGUCUUGGAGAAGUGGACUGUGGACCUCUUUUCCGCCAUUGUCAACAAGAACCUGCCCCAAAACAGAUGGUCAGACGAGACCCCCUUCAGAUCUAGCGACGUCGGUAUCCAGUGGUUCGCCAAGCCUGUAAUGGACUCCAGAGAGCUGAAUUUGACCUUUCCCUUCAUUGACGAAGAGGAACUAUACGAAUCACAACCCAGCAGAUAUAUUUCACAUCUCAUCGGCCAUGAAGGGCCUGGAAGCAUCAUGUCCUACAUCAAGAGCAAAGGAUGGGCUAAUGGUCUGUCCGCGGGCGGGUACUCCGUUUGCCCCGGCACUCCCGGUAUCUUUGAUGUUCAAAUCAGAUUGACCGAAGAAGGCCUCAAAAAUUACCCAGAGAUUGCCAAGAUCUUCUUCCAGUAUGUGUCGCUGCUGCGUCAAUCACCUCCGCAAGAGUGGAUUUUUGAAGAACAGAAAGGCAUGGCCGAUGUCGACUUCAAGUUUCGGCAAAAGACACCCGCUAGUCGCUUCACAAGCAAAAUCAGCUCCGUUAUGCAAAAGCCUCUGCCGCGUGAAUGGUUGCUGAGUGGCCAUAGCCGUCUACGGCACUUUGACGCAGAAGUAAUCUCGAAAGCCCUGGACAUGCUCCAGCCCGAAGCACUACGCAUGAAUAUUGUUUCUCGAAAAUUUCCUGGGAGCUGGGACAAGAAGGAGAAGUGGUACGGCACAGAAUAUACCGAUAGCAGGAUCUCCGAUGACCUCAUGGCCGAGCUGAAGAAGUCCGCUUCGGUCUCGGCGGCCGAUAGGCUUCCAGACCUCCACUUGCCACACAAGAACCAGUUCAUACCGAACAAGCUUGAAGUGGAGCAGAAAGAAGUGGCAGAACCAGCCGUUUCACCCCGGCUGUUACGCAAUGAUCAACUGGCCCGAACCUGGUGGAAAAAAGACGACAGAUUCUGGGUACCCAAAGCCAAUGUCAUCGUCAGCCUGAAGAAUCCCAUAAUACACGCCACAGCAGAGAAUAGCGUCAAAGCUCGGCUUUUCGCAGAACUAGUCCGUGAUGCCUUGGAGGAGUACUCAUACGAUGCCGAGCUCGCUGGGUUGCAGUACACCGUGUCACUCGAUUCGCGUGGUCUUUUUCUGGAUGUCUCGGGAUACAACGAUAAGCUUCCGGUGUUACUUGAGCAGGUUGCGGUGACGAUGCGAGACAUUGAGAUCAAGGCAGAUCGAUUUGAUAUCGUGAAGGAGCGCCUGACUCGCGGUUACGAUAACUGGCAACUCCAGUCAUCAUACUCGCAAGUAGGCGACUACAUGAGUUGGCUCCAUGCCGAGUCCGACUAUAUCAUUGAGGAGCUGGCUGCUGAACUCCCAGAUAUCACCAUUGAUGCCGUGCGUAGCUUUCAGAAGCAAAUGCUGGCUCAAAUGUACAUUGAAGUUUAUGUUCACGGAAACAUGUACAGAGGGGAUGCCAUAAAGGUGACAGAUCUUCUGACGUCAUGUUUUAGAUCAAGAAUUUUACCGCCUAAUCAUUGGCCUAUCAUUCGAUCUCUCAUUAUUCCGCCCGGCUCUAAUCUCGUGUACAAGAAGACGCUGAAGGAUCCGGCCAACGUCAACCACUGUAUCGAAACUACAUUUUAUGUUGGAGAUCGGGGUGAUCGCCGGACCCGCGCAAGAGCCUUACUCGCCGACCAGAUGAUUCACGAGCCUGCCUUUGAUCAGCUGCGUACCAAGGAGCAGCUCGGCUACAUUGUGUUUGCUGGCAUGCGCAGCUUUGCAACGACGUGUGGUUUCCGAUUUUUGCUUCAGUCGGAGCGAGAACCGGAGUAUCUAGACCGUCGCGUGGAGGCGUUUCUGAUUCAGUUUAGUCUGACUUUAGAUGUGAUGACCGACUCUGAAUUCGAGAGCCACAAGAGGAGCUUGAUUAACAAGAGGUUGGAAAAGUUGAGAAAUCUGGACCAGGAGUCGUCGAGACACUGGGGCCAAAUUUCGAAGGAAUAUUACGACUUUGAGCAGGCUCAAUUGGAUGCCGCGGAGGUGAAGCUCGUCACCAAGGCGGAAAUGGUUGAUUUUUACAACAAGUAUCUCCACCCUUCCUCGACAAGCCGCGCCCGUAUCGCAGUACACCUUCAUGCGCGGGGGGCCGUUGAGCGCGACAACAAGAUUGUAGAAGCGCUUGACAAGGCCGGCUUUUUGGAUGUGCCAGAGGGGGAUCGCAAGAGUAUAGACUUGCUCAAGGCUCACCUGCAAGCCAAGCACAAGCCGUCCGAGUCAGAUUUGGAUAGCAUCACUGCCUCGAUCAAAGAGUUGGGGCUGGUACAGACGGCGCACCCUGAAGAUGAUGCCGAGGCAGUUGCCAAUGGUGGAAAGUGUGCGGUUGAUACUGCACAGGAAAUUGAGGAUGUUCGUCUGUACAAGGCGGGCCUGCUGGCAAGCUCGGGAGCGCGCCCGGUGAAGCAGCUGAGUGAAUUUGAGGACAUCGACCCAAAGCUUUGA